UAUGAUUGCUCGUCUGACUCGAUAAUAGUCCUAGUCUUGUUGAGCCUUUGCUUGACGGCUUGUAGAUUCCCCGUCACGGAGCUCAUCUCUGAGUCUAUAAGUAAAGCCUGGAGGUACGAAUCCUCAGCGAGGUCGUAGCGAGCCCAUCGCUGGUACAGUACACCUAAAUUAGCAUGAUAAAUGGCAUUGUGUGGAUUGAGCUGGGCUGCGAUUUUCAAAUGACGUUCGGCCUCCACGAAACGGGCAGUUUUUCCCAGACACACUCCUAUCUGGAAGGCAAGUGAGGCCGACUGGUGCACCACCUCGUUCUGAAUGUUUUUAGCCAUGGUCACCACUGUGUUGCAUUCCUCACGCUCGUCCAGUGCUACGAAGAGGUUGGUCAGUGCCUUGGUGUGAUGGGGAUCGAGUGUUGUUGCCCUCUUCCAAGCCUUGAGUGCAUCCUCAGUCUUUCCCAUUUUCUGGUAUAGGUUUCCCAAAUUGAAGAAGCAAUCGGCACUGGUUGGCCGCACUUGGAUGGACUUAUCAAAUGACUUCAGUGCCUCCUGA